AAUGACAGAGACUAUGAAGUUGAAAGCGUUCUUGAUGGAAUUUCAGCAAAGGGCAGACACUGCCAGCUCCCACGUCACCAAUGCCCAGUUGUGGGCCUCAAAGCACUUCCUGCCACUUAAAUCCCUCAAGUUACCACGAUAACGUGAUCUGAAUUAUAAAGGCAAAUAAAGCCAGGAGUAGAUAAAUGCUCAAGGGAAUUCAGGACCUAGACACCAGAAGAGCGAUGAAAAUACACCAAAUAGAGAAACAACUUGUAAUGGAGCCUUCAUCUCUUGAGUUACCAGCUGACACAGUGCAACGCAUUGCAUCUGAACUUGGAUGUCACCCGACAGAUGAGAGAGUCGCCCUCCACCUUGAUGAGGAAGAUAAGCUGAGGCACUUCAAGGAGCAUUUUCAUAUCCCCAAAAUGCAGGAUCUACCUGCAGUUGAUUUAUCUUUAGUGAAUAAAGAUGAAAACGCCAUCUAUUUCUUGGGAAAUUCUCUUGGCCUUCAGCCAAAAAUGGUUAAAACAUAUCUGGAAGAAGAACUAGAUAAGUGGGCCAAAAUGGGAGCUUAUGGUCAUGACCUAGGAAAACGUCCUUGGAUUACAGGAGAUGAGACUAUUGUAGGCCUUAUGAAUGACAUUGUAGGAGCCAAUGAGAAAGAAAUUGCCCUAAUGAAUGGUUUGACUGUUAAUUUACAUCUUCUACUGUUAUCCUUUUUUAAGCCUACGCCAAAACGCUAUAAAAUUCUUCUGGAAGCCAAAGCCUUCCCUUCAGAUCAUUACGCUAUUGAGUCACAGCUUCAACUUCAUGGACUUAACACUGAGAAAAGUAUGAGGAUUAUAAAGCCAAGAGAGGGUGAAGAAACACUGAAAACAGAGGAUAUUCUUGAAGUAAUUGAGAAGGAAGGAGACUCGAUUGCAGUGAUCCUGUUCAGUGGGCUGCAUUUUUACACUGGACAGCUCUUUAAUAUACCUGCCAUCACAAAAGCUGGACAAGCAAAGGGGUGUUUCGUUGGCUUUGAUCUAGCACAUGCAGUCGGAAAUGUUGAACUCCACUUACAUGACUGGGGAGUUGAUUUUGCCUGCUGGUGCUCCUACAAGUAUUUAAACUCAGGAGCAGGAGGUCUUGCUGGUGCCUUUGUCCAUGAAAAGCAUGCCCAUACAAUUAAACCUGCGUUAGUGGGAUGGUUUGGCCAUGAACUCAGCACCCGAUUUAAGAUGGAUAACAAGCUACAGUUAAUCCCUGGGGUCAGUGGAUUUCGAAUUUCAAACCCUCCCAUUUUGUUGGUCUGCUCCUUACACGCUAGUUUAGAGAUCUUUAAGCAAGCAACUAUGAAAGCAUUGAGGAGAAAAUCUAUUUUGCUCACUGGUUAUCUGGAAUACUUGAUCAAGCAUUAUUAUAACAAAGAUAAAGCAGAUACCAAGAAACCAUUUGUGAACAUAAUUACUCCAGCCGGCAUAGAGGACCGCGGAUGCCAGCUUACACUAACGUUUUCUGUUCCAAUAAAAUGUGUUUUCCAAGAACUAGAAAAACGAGGAGUGGUUUGUGACAAGCGAGAACCAAAUGGCAUCCGAGUGGCUCCAGUUCCUCUCUACAACUCUUUUCAUGAUGUUCAUAAGUUUAUCAGUCUACUCGCUUCUGCACUUGACUCUGCAGGGAUCAAAAAUAGCAGCGUUUUCUAGAACAACUUCAGCAAGUGUUACUGAGAGUUUCUAUGGUUAUUGUAUUAUUAUUUUCAAAUUUUAAUGAUUAGAAGUUUUCCAAAACUGAUUACACAUACUUGGCAAUGAAUUAUAUACUUUACAGAAAAAUCUGAUAUAUUUUUUCCAAGAGUCUGUGAUUCUGAGGAAUCCACGUGUCUGUCCAAUUUCUUCAUGCUUGGUGGAUCAAAGUUUUACUGGUCUAAGUAUUAUGUACACAAUCUUAGCUGUCACAUUUCAUGGUCAGUGAAUGUUUUAUGUUGACUUAAUUUAUAAUUUGACAACUUCAUAAUGUAUGUGCAGUCUUUUGUGUCAAUUUUAGAAAUGUUACUUUAGUUUUAAUUUACCAAAGAGUUUCUUAUAGUCACUAUAAUUUCACAGUCUGAUAUAUGCAUGAUUUUGCAAUAUUCCAUCCAACUCUAAGGAAGAAAAAAUAUAUUUUCUAGGACGGUAGCUUUCAAAUAUUUUGGCCAUGGCCCACACUA